AUGGCAUAUAACAUUCUUUUGAAGUCCUCUCCAGAUAGUGUGUUUCUAUUUGAAGAUUAUCUGUCGUCGCAUCUCUGGAGAGUGAGCAAAUCAAAUGCAUUUGAUUCAUUCAUCUGUUGGCGUGCGUGUUUUCUUUAUUUCAUUUUACUUUCUCUCUCUCUUGAUGAAGAGAAAAAACUAACUCUCCAGAAUAUUGCAGUAAUCAUACUUCCAGCUCCUUUCUGUCUCUGGCUUUCUGUCUCUGGCUUUCUGUCUCUGGCUUUCUGUCUCUGGCUUUCUGUCUCUGGCUUUCUAUCUCUCGCUUUCUGUCUCUGGCUUUCUAUCUCUCGCUUUCUGUCUCUCGCUUUCUGUCUCUCGCUUUCUGUCUCUCGCUUUCUAUCUCUCGCUUUCUGUCUGUGCUUAUGGGGCCUUUAUAAUACAAGUCAACCUUUAUGGUUUCCUGCCAAAUUCUUCCCCUAUCUCUCUGUUGUGCAUUUUGGUGCCAAAAUUAGUUGGCAUUGGUAUAGUCACUUGUUUGUAAUUCUAUCAUUUUUUUUUUUUUUGUACCCUCCCACCCCAAAAAAUAACAAAUUUUUUUUCAUUUUCUUUCAUAUCGUACUUCCUCUUCCUCUUUCCCCCUCUUUUCUUGUUUCCCUCUCUUUUUUUCCUCUCUUCUUUUUUUCCUCUCUUCUUUUUUUCCUCUCUUCUUUUUUUCCUCUCUUCUUUUUUUCCUCUCUUCUUUUUUUCCUCUCUUUUUUCCCUCACUUCUUUUUUUCCUCUCUUGUUUCCCUCACUUCUUUUUUUCCUCCUCUCUUGGUUUUCCUCCUCUCUUGGUUUUCCUCCUCUCUUGGUUUUCCUCCUCUCUUGGUUUUCCUCCUCUCUUGGUUUUCCUCCUCUCUUGGUUUUCCUCCUCUCUUGGUUUUCCUCCUCUCUUGGUUUUCCUCCUCUUUUUUUUUCUCCUCUUUUUUUUCCUCUUUUCUUUUUUUUUUCUUUUUUUUUUUUUUUCCUCUUUUUUUUUUUUUUUCUCUUUUUUUUUUUUCCUUUUUCUUUUUUUUUUUUUUCCUCUUUUCUUUUUUUCUUUCUUCCUCUUUUCUUUUUUUUUUUUUUCUUCCUCUUUUUCUUUUUUUUUUUCUUCCUCUUUUUUUUUUUUUUUUCUUCCUUUUUUUUUUUUUUUCUUCCUCUUUUUCUUUUUUUUUCUUUUCUUCCUCUUUUUUUUUUUUUUCUUUUUUUUUUUUUUUUCCUCUUUUUUUUUUUUUUCUUCUUUUCUUUUUUUUUUUUUUUCUUUUCUUUUUUUUUUUCUUCCUCUUUUCUUUUUUUUUCUUCCUCUUUUUUUUUUUUUUUUCUUCUUUUUCUUUUUUUUUUUUCUUCCUCUUUUUCUUUUUUUUUUCCUCCUCUUUUUCUUUUUUUUUUUUUUCCUCUUUUAAAGAGAGGAGGAAUGAUUGUUCACAAAACAAGAAGAGAUGUCUCUUUUUGAAUUUUUCUUCACACAACUCGGAUAUACCCUUUGCAUGUGCACAAACAAUAGGAAAUUAA